CUUUACUAACAAGAUGGCUGAUAACGAGAGGACUCCUUUGCUUUCGACGACUUCUGAGAGCGAGCCGCCCCCAUAUAACAAUACAGGUAAACAUGUAGGCCUAAAAUUGUAAAUAGCUUUUCUAAAAUAAUUAAUUCGUAAUUUUACUUUAGUACUAUAACAUAUUUAACAAUAAUUAAUUAAUUCCGUUUUUGUAUUGUGAAGACAUGAUUAUGAUUGUUGUGUAUUAGUAUUAAGUUAAUUUAGGGCGUAAUGGAGGGCUCAUCAAAUUAAAAUUAAGCACCAUGUUUUCAAGAACUUUUUGUUUUUCUCUUUGAAAUAAAUUAAUAUUAUUAAAUUCAAACUAAAAAUAUUUUAAAAUAACAGACCACACAUCUUUCUUGAAGUACAAAAGCUUUGAUGAGCAAAAUUUAAAGCCAUAUUCAUAUAGUGAAAAAAAGGUUAAAAAGUUAAAACUAAUUAAUAAUUAUUUUAACAAAAUGGGGGCAAUUAGCUCCAGCAUGUUCAAUGCAUAUAUUUUCACAUAGGUUGUAGUCAAUUCUGACAGAUCCAUUCCAUGGCUCCAAUAUCAGAUUUUUCUGGGAUUUCAUUAUCAAAACUAUAUUUAAAAUUUUUUUAAACCUAUUUCACUAUUUCUACAAAUCAAUAACUUUUGUUUUCAAUUUUAACUUUAUCUGUCAUAAUCUGUUUAAUGUUAUUUGAAUUAAAACAUGGAUUUUAUUAAUCUGAUCAAUAUUAUUUGGUUGUUUUAAUCAUCUUUUAACAGUUGGGGGUGUUAAGCCCCUGCUAUUUAAAAUAUUCAUAUUUAUAAACUAAUUAAAUAAAUAAUCUACAGAACCAUAUCUCUUUUAUAAAUGCUUCCUAUUCAAAAUAUUAGAAAGAACUUUUGUAUUAAAGUGAAUGUUAGAGAUUUUUAUAAACAAUCUCUAAAUCAUUCAUCCAACUGCCAUUUUGCUUUGCACAAAUGACCAGCUUCAUUUGCUCUACAAAUAUCAGUAUUUUAACUCAUUCAUUACAUACACGUACAGUUAAAAACUAAAAAAAGUACUUUCUGAGUUUAGUUCUACUUGUUUUUGUAUGUAAACUAAAAAACUUUCACUCUUUCACUGUAGAAAUAAAAUUUCAAGUAAAAAUAAACAACACCCUAUUAGCUGAAGUUUUACAAAGGGUUUGAAGAAGGCUGAAAACUAGAGGGGAAAAGCACUCAUCUAACAAGGCAAAUUAAAAAUCAAUCUCAUAGGGUAGAAACCCAAGAAUGGUUGUGUAAAGUUCUCUGAUUGGUUAGUAAGUUUCUGUCAACUAAAGCUUAAUGCCUUUCUCUCUUCUUAUAAUAAUAUCAAGCAUUUUAUUGUAUGAACUGAGCAAUUAGGGCUACCCCAUGGAGCCAAUUACCUCCCUUUACCCUAAGUACUAUUAUGGAUUAGACAUAGACCUAUCGACUAUAACUAUAGUGUCUAUAGACUAUAGUGUAACUAUAAUAGUCAGUCUAGUGUCUGUCUUAGUACUCUACACUACUAACUAGGGGUCGCAAGCCAGGAUCCCGACUCUAAAAACCUGUCUAUAAUUAUUAUAAUAGAUGCCACUAGAUCUAAUCUGUGUACAGUGUACUGUGAUUCAUUUGUAAAGAAGCAUAGCGUUGUGAUUAGUUUUGUUUUUACAUCAUGCGUGUGUUUGCAUAAACAUAGUGUGUAAGAAGUGGAGACGGGAAAAACCAAAUCCUAAAUAUGAAAAGAACAAGAAACUAUCAGAAACAAAGAGAUCAGUUUGGUAUCAUUUUUUGAAAGUUACGGGCAAUCUCUCAGUGAAAUGCAUUACACGUAACAAGAUAUAUUAAAAAAAUUCAGGGCUUCACACUCAUUUAAAGGCUGUGUAUUCCGCUGUCUUGAAAGAUAUCUCUGUAUCCGGUACUGGUACUCCAAGAGCAUUGAUUUCUAUUGUACCUUGUUCUAAAACGUCAGCCCACACAGAAAAUAAAACACCAAGAAUCAGAGCAAAUAAACAGACUAUUUUUUAAGUUCAAACAGCUUAGCAGAAAUAUUUCUCUUUGACAGCUUUAGAUGGUCUUCCUCAUUCAGCUUUUUCAUUGCUUCUAAUAAAAAAUCUAUUUAAUUAAUAAACUGAAAGCUGAAAGAAGAGUUAAGCUGUCUCUGACACUGGAUGAAUGGACGAGUUUGGGAAAUCAUCAUUUUAUGAAUGUAAACAUUCAUAGCCCUGUGUUAAUCAAUGAAUUUUUAAAUCUUGGCCCAGUAAGGGUGAUUGGCAGCAUGUCGGCCAGAACUUGUUUACAAUUGUUUGAAAACAGGCUAUCCGCUUUUGAAUGGUCAUUGAAAGAUGAUAUAGUCUGCAUAGCUACUGACGGUGCCAGUGUAUUGACCAUAUUAGGAUGUGAAGAAGAGCUUUACUGUCAUCAGUGUCUUGCUCAUGGUGUAUAGCUGACAAUCUUAGAUGUACUUUAUAAAAAGCAAACCUCCAACAUCAUCAACCUGAAGAAGACAACGAUUCUGAUGAUCCUGACUGUGAUGAUGGUUUUCAUGUUACAGUUGAGAUCAUUCAAAAUAAUGAAUUUGUUUUCAUAGAUUUAAUCACGGAAAUGCCAAAAACGUAACAAAAUUUCAGAAAGUCACCUACCAAAAAUAGGAUUCUUCAGAAAUAUGUAAAGAAGAAAUUGGUCUAUGGGCAAUGAGAUUGACCAUCUUGGAUCUGAGCAUGACGAACCUGCAGACACACUGCCAGUUAGGAGACAAUUAGAAAUUGAAAUACAAAAGAAACUUCAGGCUUACAAUAAUACUUCCAGACCAAUUGAUGGAGACAUUGAUACAUUGGUAAAAAUAGAGAUGGCUUUAUUUGAGAAUGACAGUUCUAGAGGAAAAUAUCUAGAAAAUGUGUGAUAGCCUAAGGUCUAUUCCUCCGACCAGUGUGGAGUCUGAGCGGGUGCUUUCCUCAUCAGGUUAAUUUUAAUUUUUUAACCAUUUGCGGUCAAAAUUAAGCGAUUUUAUAUUAGAAACAGUGUCAUUUUUAUGAUCUUGUUAUUUAAAUUUGGGAAAAAAUUCAAACAACACAAAUUAUUUUGAUAUUUGAUUAAUUAAACUAAUUACAUAAAAUUGUUAAGAAUAUUAUUUUCUUUAGUUUGUAAUGUCUGAAGUUCGACAUUUGUGUUAUUGUUGAAAGCUAAUUAAAAAUAUUUUUUUGUAUCUGAAUGUUUUUAUUUCAUUCAUAUAUCGUCACCUCUAUGAUCUCGAAAAUCAAUGAAAAUUUCUCCAAUUAUUGAAAUUAUCACGAUUCCUGUAUUCAUAGGGGUAUUGCAAUCCCUAGUGUUAGCGUGAAUAUGAAGCGUUCAAUUUCACACAUUAACACAAUAAAAAAUUGAGCCCUCAUAAAUUCCUAUUAUUCAAAGGCAUAAAAAAUUGAGCCCUCAUAAAUUCCUAUUAUUCAAAGGCACAUCUCGCCCUUCUGAUUCACUACAUAUAAAUUUCCUCUCAUUUUUAUCAAUAAAACCAUCUUAUCUUAUAUUAUUGAUUGUGAGAAAAUAGAAAGUCUUUGCCAUUUGAAAAUUUUUUGAAGAAAAUUAUUAUAAUCUUUUAGAUAUGAUCAAAUUGCAAAUGGAAAUAUAUAAUACUAUUGAAUAAUUUGUCCAAUAUUUUGUGAAUGUUAUUAACACAGACCAUAUUGUAUUCAAUACUAAACCAUAUCCUUUUGCUUAAGUUAAAAUACUUCGGUUUAUUCGCUUUGUGAUGUUAAUUCAUCUAUAGUAAAUAUUAAUGCUAUUGUAUUUGUUACUGUUUCUCAAUACUUCCAAAAUAUUUUUCAAAAGAAUUAGAUGAUGAAUUAGCUCAGCAUAAUGGGGCAGCCACCAUUCCCAUUGGUGCAGAUGAGCUACCUCCACCAUACACACCAACAGCACAAGGAGGAAUUCCAAUGAUAAACUGCAAAGUGUGCCAGGCAAUUAUAAGUCUUGAAGGGAAACAACAUCUGUUUGUGGUGAAGUGCUCAGUUUGCAAUGAAGCCACAGUAAGCAUAUAUCAAGUCACAUUAAUAAGUAUUUCGAAUCUAAGCUUCACUAUUUAUAAUGGUGUUACAGACCUGUUUACCCUCAAACUCUUAAAAUCGUACAAUAUCAUCACAAAAUCGUUCAAUACCUUAUAUUUAUAGUAAAAAAUAAACAUACGGUAUAUAAUGUUUACACAUCAAAAUCGUACAUUGUACGCCAAAAUCGUAAGAGUAAACAGGUCUGGUGUUAGCACAGGCAAAUUAAUAUUUUAAGUGUCUAAGAAUUUUCUUAUUAAAAAGUGUCUUAUUUAAUGGCAUAUUUAAAAAACAAACAUGCACCCAUUCACUUUUCAUAAACUUUGCUAGCACCAAAUUCCUAUUAACAUAUUAUAUCCACAUGGCGCAUAGUUUAAAAAACUUCUAUCCUCAUUACAUUUGCUUCUGGCACCAUGCAGUAAAAAAAUGAGGUUAAAUGUUGAGCGCAAAAUUAACUCAAUAACUUUGUGAAAUGGUUAAUUUAAAUACAGGAAUCUGUAUUACUACAGCUAUCAUAAUUAACCACAGAAUUACGCCUAAAUUGCUAUCAAAUUAAUCAUUUGAGUCCAUUUUUAAUAAAAUUGCUAAUGACCAGUGUAAAAAAACUCAAAAUUUGACAUUUAAAAGAUGUGAUCCAGCCAUCUAAGAAUGAUGUAAACAUGCUAAAACGUGUGUGCUGAAGGGAAGAUUAUUUAAUUUUUAUUCAUGCAUCUAAAACAUUGAUAAAAAGGAUGAAAAAGUUAUAAAUUAUAAUUUUUAAAAAAAUAGAAAAGUUCUGAACAUGUUGUCAUGCUGUUGUAUGGUUUUAAAAAAAUUUUCAUACAGUUUUUUUUAUCCCACAGGUUGGCAUAUAUGCUAUAAGUAAAGCUAACUAAAUAUUUAUACAAGAUUACUAAAUAAUAUAUUUUAAUAUUGAAAAUGAAAAGUGAGCAUUUGGUUUUUAAUAUAAGAAAAGUUCUUUUUUUUUGAGAUACCUAUAAUUAAAGUAGCAUUAAUUUCGAAAGAUGUCAACACACAAAGAUGUAUUUGUUCGCUUUUAUAUGUAUAUGUUAGAAACACAAACAUAUUUUUGCGUUGUUUCCCUAGCCCAUUAGAGCUGCACCACCCGGAAAGAAGUACAUUCGUUGUCCAUGCAACCUUCUUUUAGUUUGUCGAUCAGGGGCAAAUAAAAUUUUGUGUCCAAGGGAAAAUUGGUAACUAUUAUUUAGUAGUGUAGAUAAUAUAAUCAUAUAGCUAUUUAUAACACUGUAUUUAUCUUAUUUUUAAUUAUAAAAUGAUCAUAAUUAAUGUUUGUUAGAAUGAAUAAUUUUCUCCUCAGCAAAAGAGUGAUAACUCUGCCUACACCCACUGAUCCAAGUCUACCAAUCACAUCCAGAUAUACUUGUGCAUACUGUGGACAGAUUUUUAUGGUAAAAUAAUGAGUUAAUAUUACAAUUUUAAUAUUUAUAAUACUUCCUUACAAUUUUAAGUUUAAGUCAAAUAAUCCCAGUUUCCAAUGUUAUGAGAAAACAAUUCAGUAAUUUAAAUUGAUUUUUAUGAAUUUUUCUUUCAGUUGCGUUUCAUAAGGAAAUUCGCAAGAUGUCCUCAUUGUAGGAGACUGUGAGUAUUUUAAAUGAUGUGACUUCUAGGUGUUCAUUUUAUUGCCUUGACAUAAUACACUGUAAUAAUGAAAUAAAUGGUAUAAAAGAUUAACAAAAUAUUACAAUGGUUACAAAUUUGAAUACCUUGACUGAGAACUUGACACUCACCAAAAGUUAUUUGUCAACAGAUCUUCAGUAGGAGACCAUUAUGCCAGAACAAGAGGACAUUUUUUCCUAGUUAUUGGUAUUGUGAUUCUUGCAACUGCUAUAGGAAUUACUGUGAGUAUUAUUAUUACUAAAACUAAAAAAGUUUUUGUUUUUCUUAGCCUCUGUGCAAAAACUUGAAUUUUUUUAUAUCAUAAACUUUAAUUAUACAACUUAACUUCAAAUCACUGUCAUUACCUGUAAAUUUAAUUUGUCUACUUGAUUUUCAGGUAGGAACUUAUGAACAAGCAAGUCGUCAUGGAGGCAUAUAUGUGUCAUGGAUAGGUAAUUUUACUUGGUCAAGUUUAAUUAUAAAUUACAUCUAGUGUAAGAUAAUUUGUUUCGAUAUUUGGGGCUACGUAAUAGUUAAAUAUUUUUGAGGAUUAUACUACUCUCAGUAAUAAAAAAUAUUUGAACUUUUCCCAUUGAAAUAAUUAUUAAAAAUUAUUUUUUAACAUUUAAAAUAGAACUUUUAUUUUUUUUAAUACAUGAAUUCAUGAAUGCUGAUCUGACUGAAACAUAUUUAGUGCUGUAGAGAGCUACAAUUUUAAAUACCGGUACAGGAAACUUAAAAGAAAACUAAAUGAAAAAUACAUGCACUUAAAUUAUGCUACAGUUAUUUAUAUUCUUUUUGUAUGCAUCCCUGUUACAAUAGUUUUGAGUUUUGUGUAUUUUAGAUUUUACUGUAUUUGUUAGAAAAAUAAAUAUGCAUGCAUUUUUAAUAAGCAUGAUUGCGGACAAAUUAAAUGAGUAAUCAGCUAAUCUUCACUUUUUUUUCAGGUGGCUUUUUCAUUGGGAUAAUAUUUCUUAUACGAGCAAUUUUUUAUUACUCCAUUAGAACCAGCCCACUUCUCCAGCAAAUGACAGUGGGAUAAAGAAUGUUGAGAAAAUUCUCAAUCAAUUUGAAGCAGGUGUUAUUACUGCAACAGGGCUUUAUACAAGCUAUUAUACAAAUAUAUUUGGUAAAGCUUAAGGGAUACAAACAAUAUUUUAUACUGUGAUUACCAUUACUCAAAUAGUCCAAAUUUGUAAGAUGGGGAAACUUAAUUAAACAAUAGUCUUGGAGACCAUGAAAUAAUGAUGUAAAAUCUGUUUGAUAUGCAUCAAAUUAUGAACAAGAAUACAUUUAGUGACCAUCUCAAUCUGUGCAAAUGUUUAUGACUUGAAUUGUAUUACUUUAGUCUGAAUUCCAUGAAAAAUUCAUGGAAUCUUUUUCAUUUUCAGUACACAUUUUUAUAAUUAAAAUGUAUUUAUAAGGGGAAAAAUAAUUUUAUUUAAAGAACUUAAGCACAGGUUUAAGAAGAGGAUGGAUGAUAUUUAAAUUGUCAUAAGGCAAAUCGUUGUUUUUUUCUAUCAUGCCUGAUUUCAAAUUUUAACAAUGAGUUAAAGCUUUUAUAUAGAUUAGAUCCACUGUGCAGCUUCUGAAAGCAACGGAAAAGUAUUAUAAACGUAUUAUUAGCAUCUACCAAUCAGAGUCGAUAUUUAAAUUACUCUAAAUAGGUAAAUAUUUGACUUCUGUGGCACUCUCUAAAAGUUGAAAAUAACACACGAGCUGUCAUAGCUGCUGAUCAUUAUGUGAAACAUAAAUCAAUAGCCCCAUACCACGCAGUCAAAGUGGUUUAUUUUAUGGACUGUUUAGUUUUUACGAGGGCGGCCGGCAAACUUUAAGACCGCCCAGAGUGACACAAUGUUUAGUUAUACAAAAGAAUCGAGCCGACACUAUUGAACAUGAAGUAAGUGCUGGGCUUGAUGAAACUAAUCUGAUUGAAGCUUUCGCCAGUCGCAACGCGCCAUGUUCCUCUUUAAGUGAACCAUAAAUUAAUUUGAAAUUCUUAAAUUUUACAAAAUAAAACAUAAAGUUUAAUGAUGGGGGCCCAAAAGCAAAAAGUGGCAGGGGGGGGGGGCCCUCCAAAAGUCAUGCAGCAACUCUGCUACCAACAUAAGUUCAUAUUGUAUUCAGGAUCAUUUGUAUAUUGUAAAUGUGAAAAAAAAUAUAGACUGACAAAAAUUGUCAUCGGUUAUUUAUUUAAAAAAAUUCUGUAACAAGAUAUCCAAAAAUAAUAAUUGCAAAAAAAAAAGACAUUUGCAAUAAAAUCAAUAAAAAUGUAAGUUAACCUAACUUUUAAAGCAAAGUUAAACAUGUCCUUAAAACAAAUUUAAUCUAGUCACCUGGCUAAUUAAAUAUUUUUUUUGAUGAGUAUUAGUUUUAAUAGAUAGCUUUAAAUAAUUUUAAUUAGAUAUUCCAUAUCAUUGAUACUAUUUACUAUUACUCAAUGUUUAGGAUAUACCUUAUAACUACUCUUUUAUAGAUUUCUGUAGUGAUGCCCAACUUUUUAAAGAUCAAAACCCCUGUAAAAAAACUAUUUUAUUAUUUAACCAUGUAAAUAGUAAUAAUCCCUUGCAAGUCACAGACUGCCAACUGCAUCCUAAUUUUUUAAUGAUUUGAAUAGGUGUGCUUAGCAAAAACUGCAAUGUGGGUUCUGAUGAAAUAACUUUUGGCUCGCUACAAAUCAGCCCCACCAAAAUGUUAAACAUGUUAUGACACAAUGUAAUAAUUCACGAGAAUGUUUGAAUGGUGUUAAUUAUACAUUUUAAAAAAUAGGAUGAAGCACACUAUUAUGCUGCCCUUAAAAAAAUUGAUUAAAAAUGUUUUAUGUAAUUAUAACUUAUAACCCAGUGCAGUAGAUUCAGUUUAAUCAAAUUAUAUUCAAGAGAAUGUAUGAAUGGUGUUACUUAUAAAUAUAAAUUUUAAAAAUUAGGAGGAAGUUAUUGUGCUUCCCCUUAAAAAAUGAUUAAGAAUGUUUUUAAUAUAUAUAUAACCCAGUUUAAUCAACUUAUCAGAAAUUCAUACUAGUGAAAAACAAAGUAUAAUCAAAAUUAAACUAUGUACGGGUAUUCUGAGCAGAAGACAUACUGUAAAAAUGUUACAGAUCGGACAUUAUUUGCACGAAUAGUUCUAAUAAUGCUAGAGAACACAUCAGAUAUCUGGAAUUGUCAGUCACUCAGUUCAGAUAAGUGUAGAAGUGAAAGUCAUCACUUUCCUGUACUAUUAGUUGUCUGUUCAACAUUACUCAAUACAGUGGUAUCUUGACUUAUGAACUGCUCUGCAUAUGAUUUUUUUGAGAUAUGAACUUUUUUUUCAUAUCCCAUUUAGAGAUCUACAUAUGAACCUUGAUUUGAGAUAGAAACUGUGUGCCGAACCUGUGGUGUUUGUUGUUACUAUGUUGCAUUUAUCUGGAAUAGAAUUCAAAGAGUGGUAAGUGCGACACAUGCCGCACGUAGGUAUUAGCAUUUUUGUGGUAUCUAUUUAAAACAAUACAAUUUGUGAAAACUUUUUUAGGUUUGUAUUAAAUAUGUGUACUGUAACUGUAAGUAUUUAUUUUUAUGUCAAUGGAACAUUCCUCGUCAAAGAAACAGAAGGAAGUCAUAGAUGAAAGCAAUUUAUUUUUUCAAUUUAAUGCUAGGUGAUAUUUAAGCUACAGUGUAUCAUGUAAAAGCAAAGAUUUGACAAAUAAUUUUUUUAAUGGUAUGGUGUGCAAAAUGUAUAUUUAUAACCUAAAAAUACCCCUGAUAACUCCUGAUCCAUUUCUUUGCAUUUUCUUCAUUUAGGUUAGAGUUGUUCUUUUUUAUUACUUUAUUUUUUAAAUUAUUUUGUAAUCUGAGAGUGAGAGAAGGUAAAUUGAUAAUUAUGAAAUAGGAAAUAUGGUUUUGAGAUAAGAUAUGAACCAGUCAGGAACGAAGUUCAUAAGUUGAGGUACCACUGUUUUACUGUCCACAAACAUCUGCAUUUCCAUUGAUAAAUUAUUGUGGCACAAUUUAAGAUCUUUUUGUCUGUGCUGUUAUUUCUCAGACAUUCAGGAUGUUUCUCAUUUCAAUAGAUGCUGUAUUGAGCAUGACUUCUUAAGUAUCACCAAACAACAGUGUCUCAAUUAUUUAAGUGAAUUACUAUUUGUUUAAGCGUUGCCCCAAAUAAAUGAUUGAAUCAGAAUAUAUUGUAUUUGUAUACAUCGCUCAUACAUAAUCUUUAUUACCAUAUAUACUCAUUCUGAGGCCGAAUGUUUAUUUGACAUAUUUCUGGAGAAAAGUGGUGUAGUUGGUCAGCUUAUGAGUAAGUCAUAGGUGAUUUUUAUAAUUUUCUCCAGAUAAAUAAAAAUGAAAUUGUUAUAGAUUGUUUACAACAUAACAAUAGAAGUAGAUGAUGCAAAAUUCAGUCAUUUUAGCACCAUCAUAAGCUAAUCCUAGAUAUUCUUUGGAACUGUAUUGCUAAACUGGCUUAUACUUCUUUCAUG